AUGCAUCCCUUCCCCUACCAUGCCUACACCGUUGGAUACGUCUCCGCCUUGCCCAUCGAACUCGCCGCGGCCGAAGUGCUACUAGACGAGAAACACCCCUCCCCUCCGCACGAUGACAACGACUGCAAUCUCUAUACCCUGGGGCGGAUCCACAAUCACAAUGUCGUCAUUGCUGCUCUGCCAGCCGGCAGGCUAGGCCACAAUCCGGCAGCCGUGGCCGCGUCGAGGAUGCAGGACCGGUUCCGCUGUAUCCGAUUCAGUUUACUCGUCGGCGUCGGCGGCAGAGUGCCCUCCGAUGCACAUGAUAUCCGGCUUGGGGACGUGGUCGUCAGUCAGCCACACGGUGGGCAUGGAGGGAGGACGGGGUUUCUGAGUUCCCCGCCCGAUGCCCUCCUUCAUGCCCUGACAAAGCUGCAGGCGAGACAGAUGGCCGGCAGUCUCGAUCUCUCUAUUCAUUUGGAUCGCUUCGCGCGUCUAUCAGAGUUCUCGCGGAGUCACGCGGGCCGUGACCUUCUCUUCAAAGCUAGUUACCCGCAUGUUGAUGGUCCAACAUGUGAAGCGUGCGAUGGAAAUUUUCUGGUUAAACGCGGUGCUCGCGCUGCAGAGACGGUUAUCCACUGUGGCACAAUUGCGUCGGGGAACCAGGUGAUGAGGGAUGCAAUCACGCGUGACGCCAUCAGUCUGGAGCUGGGUGGGGCACUGUGCUUCGAGAUGGAGGCGGCGGGCAUGAUAGCUUCGUGUCCCUGUCUGGUCAUCCGGGGGAUUUGCGAUUACGCGGAUUCGCACAAGAAUAAAGCUUGGCAGCCAUAUGCAGCAGCGGCGGCUGCUGCCUGUGCGAAAGAGAUACUGUCGCAUAUUCCUGCGGAAGCAGAGAGUCCCCACCAGGACGUCGCCAGUGUCAUUGCGCGCGCUAAUACUGGGAACCUUGGCCCAAGGCCGCAUAGCCCCAAGCCUACGGUUUUUAGUACGGCGCCUAUCACCCUCAACACAGUGUUCGAUGUGGAGGAUGGGUGGAUGGAGAGUAUUGAGAACGCGCUGAGCAGGGAAACAUGGUCUGAGGCUGUCGUUGCAGGGGAUCGGGGCAGUGGGAAGACAUAUGCAAUGGCCAGGCUAGCCGCCAAACUCAAAGAUACACAUUCAAUAUUCUGGUUCUCUGCCAAAACGCCCCGGCUGUGGUUGUCCAAUGUGAGUCACGGUAGAUGGCUCCUCUUCGUGGACGAUCUGCCCCGCGACUUCGACCUUGGAAAACUAUGGACGUUGUUCCCGAAAAGCAACCUGGGCAGCGUAGUGAUGGGUACGAACCUUCAUGAUCCGGCCGGCUUUGAGGGUACAAUUACCCGAUCAAAUCCUGUGAUGCCUCUAGACAGUGGUGUUGGUUUGUUCAUCUCCGUCUACGGUGAUGCAAGUGACCAUGUGGCGGUCGCUGCUUCGGGCAUUGUGCAAGCAGUGAAAUCACACCGGUUUGGAAUUAUUCUCGCAGCUUCUUUUCUGUCCUCGCAUCCACAGCUUUCGGUAGAAGAAUACCUCCAGAAGCUGACAAGUGACGCUGCCGGGCAUCGAGAUAUCCCACGAGAGGUAGCCCUCCCACUCUUUGUGCACUUGAACGCGCUCGUGGGCACCCCUGGCGGCUAUGUCCUGACCGUCCUGGCUCUUCUGCACAGUCAACAUAUUGGGGAUAAGAAUCGGUUCCUCCUGGAAGUCAAAAGAGACAAUAAUGGCGCCUAUUACGCGGUCCCGGAGUGCGUGGUGCUUUGUGUACUGCAGAAGCUUCGUGACGAUCCGCCAACCUUCCGGCUUGCCCUCAAAGUGGGCCUGACGUUGCUAGAUUCCAGCGUCUCCCCGCGGAGCGUCAAGACCUUCAAACGGCUGAACGAGUCCAUCCAGCUGGUUGAGCGCCACUACACAUGUCUCUCCCGCCACGCUUCCGACGCACCAGAAACACGCGGAGCCCUAGGGGAAUUCCAGAAUCUCGGCCUAUCAUUUCGGCGAUGGCUGGUAAGAAACCGCACCCUAUCCGGCGACGACUGCAUCGACCCUCUGCUCUGGGACGAGGUGACCCCAUAUCUGGCUCCUCACCCAGCCGAGCCCGCGCCGGUAAUAUCGCAGUGGUGUGCGCUGCACAUCGCAGGGCCGGUAUCAUCUGUGCUCUGGUUCAACGUCAAGAACCUUGUUGUAUUUUCUGCUCUAUCCCGUACCUGGUUUACUAUCAAGGACGAUGUGCUGGAUGCGCUCCGUCCUCUCGCAACGACUCGGAGGUAUGCGAGUGCCGCGGAAAUCGAGGACCAAAUCAACGAAGCAGCCAACGAAGCAAUUGGCGAGGUUCUCACAUUGGAGACGGAGGAGUAUGUGCACUCCGGAGCACAACCAGCCUCCCAGUCUGUCCUGAGCUCGAUCGUCUCCUUGGUUGCGCAGAUUCCCGACGACGAGUGUUUCGGACUUCUCAGAGUCUCACACCAAGAUCUGACCCAUAUCAUCUCGGAAGCAACGUCGCUGGGCAUUUACGAGCUCGGGCCCCUCGCCGGGAGUGCUUGGGCUCCUGUGCUGGAAAAGGCGAAACGAGACAUAAUCACCCGAAUGAAUUCGCUGGUUCAGCAGUCAAGCAGCAUGGAGAGCCUGGGUAAAACGUCCAAAUUCACCAUUACCCAGCUUUCCCAAGAUGGUAUACACGCUUACGUGGGUGAGAUCAUGGAGGCUACCUGGGAGGCGAUACGCAGCGCGAGAAUCUGGGUUGCAAUCAAGAUUCGGCUGGCGCUGUGCCUCGAGAUGCUGUCGCAGAUUGGCAACAUUUCAGUGUUGGAUCCUCAGCAUGGGUCGGGUUUGAGCUCCGUAAGGGCUAUUCUAACGGGGACCGAUGAGAUUUUGGCAGAGGGAAUCACAUUAUUAUCGCCGCAGUAUCUGCAGAACUGGGAAUGGCGUGCCAUGAAGAGGCAGCUUCUGCUUCACCAUCAAGCCAUUCAGCAAGUUCUGCAGUUGCUGGAUGGUACCGACAACCGUUCAGACCCAACGGAGUCAGCGUUUGAUGGCUUCUGGUGA